CCUAAAGAAACUUAUAAACAUAAACAAAGUGAAUCGUCCUCUGCACUAUAUAAGUUUAAGUUUCUACUUCAAGAAACAUGAAGAGAUCAUGAUGUAUGUGGCCCAAAAUUCUCAUGGAAUGAAAAAUUGGGAAAACCUUACAUCCUCAUCAUUAUAUACUCAAGUAUUCAGCUAAACGUACAAGCAUUCUACAAAUAUGGCGAACGUAGUGUACCUACUUGUGUUGGCCGCAAGUGCUUGUAUCAUACUUUACUUGCUGGCAACCUCUGCACCUGCAUUGGAUGCGUCGAUUGUCGCCAAAAGUUUAGACAUUGAUUAUGAUGAGGCUCAGAAAUUUGUCGAUAGUGUGCCAAAAGGGAUUCGCUUUGUUUUCCCUGGUAGUUUGGAGGAUCUUCAAAGAAUGGCCAAAGUGAUGGACAUCUAUAACCAUACACAUGCCUCAUAUGUCAUGCUUGUUUUCAGCUUUACGUACUUAUUCAAACAGACAUUCAUGAUUCCCGGCUCUGUUUUUUUGAAUUUGUUAGCUGGCGCACUAUUUGGUAUAUGGAUAGGAUUUCCUCUCUGUUGUUUGCUGACAACGGUAGGAGCUUCAUGCUGUUAUCUCAUCUCUGCUCAUUUUGGCCGGGAACUCAUUGGGCAACUCUUCUCCGGAAAAAUUCAAUAUUUUCGAACAUUGGUUCAACAAAAUGAGCAAAAUUUAACUUUCUUCCUUCUCCUGCUGCGAAUGUUUCCGAUGACUCCUAAUUGGCUGAUCAAUAUUGCAUCCCCUUUAGUUGGAAUUCCCUUGCAACAAUUUGUAUUUACAGCAUGUAUAGGUUUAAUGCCAUACAUCUUCAUGUGUGUUUACACUGGUGGGCUUUUAGUCACUCUUGAUUCUUUAGACAGCUUUUUCAAAUUUUCCACCGUAAUCCAGUUUGCUGUGAUUUUAGUCGCUGCAAUCAUACCUAAAUACUUCAUCAAUCGAGGAUCAAGAUCUCGCACAGUUCAAGCAUCUAUCAGUGAUGCAGCUGAUAGGAAAAGGCAGUGAACAGUUGCCAUUUCCAACAAAAAACAAAGCAGCUUUACAAAGGAACUCAUCGUACAAGAAUAUACAGACAGCCGCACAAAAAUUUUUCCGCUCAUCAUUGGAAUGCAAAAUAGGAAUACAUAUAAGAAUUUAUGUCCAUCCAAGAGAAUUUUCGAAAAUACUUCUUGCACAGCUGGUAGAGUUGUGAGUCUUUUCCUCAAAUUUAUUUCUUUCAGUUGUAACAAUUGUGAUGUGAGAUUUUUAUUCUUGUUUUUUUUAAAAAAAGCAGAACACCCAGAUAAGAAACUUUAGAGCAGCCUUCAUUUCCUGCUUGAAAUUUUCACGUCUUGGAACAAUGGGUCACUAGAGAAGGUCUGAACUAGAGGAAAUGUCAGUUUGAUUUCUCUUCAAAAUCUUACAUAGAAAACGAUUCUCACAACUAAAAGUUUAGAAAUCAACUCCUGAAUGAGAUAUUGAAAAGUAUGUCCAACACACAUCAAAUGUGUAGUGUCAUGGCACCCAUGCACGUUUUGAAUACUAGCACCUACUGUACGGAGUUUUCUGUAAGCUUAGUUAAGAUCUAACUGAUUUGACAACUUAAAACUGAGGAAAAACCGUUGGAAUACUGAAGCAAAAUGAGUUUCAAUUGAUCACAAUUACAUUAGUUCCUUUUUUAAUCCGAUCAGUACCCAGUAAAUUUUACUCUGUAAAUUAGGUUUUAUAAGCUGAGGCAGGGUGUAUUUUUUAAAUAUCUAAAAUGUUUACAAGCCUUUCAUCAGGUAUUUUUCUAUUUUAUUAUAGUAAGGUCGCAAAAUUCAAUUAAAGUGGGAGCUAUUUUAUCAGAUGAUUUUUUAAAGUUUCGAAAUUCUAACUUUUUGUGUGUACAUUUAAAUCUAGGUUUACAUGUAUUGUAAAUAUUAAGACUAAUGAAAUGUUUUUACAUCAUGAAAUGUAUCCAUCCAUUAAACUGGGAAUAAUGGAUUUGAAAUGUGAUAAUGCAAUGUUUUAAUUGGCAUAGGUACAAAUUCAUGAAAAAGUUCUUCCCAGUAAUGAAAAUAUCCUAAUCAUUUAUUAUGAUAAAGAAAAUGUGAUUUGCCGUCAAGAUUGCAACAAAAUCAGAGUUUUUAAAGAAGUUCACUAAGUUUACUUGGCAGUUAGCGAUAAUAUCUAAUAAGAAUCUUCCAGAUACUGUUUUGAAUCAUCUUCAUAAAUCAUUUUGGACUCACAAAUUACGAUCAGAAAUAACAGCUCCCUGUCCUACAUAUUAGGCUUUUCAUGGUACAGUUGUUUUUAACCUAGCUCUUAAUGUAUUCCUUAGCUGCAAGGCCGCAAGGAUGCAAAAAGGGUCCAAUAUUGUGGUUUGCAGCGAAUAAGGGACAAAUUUUGGCCACAGAGCAUUUCUCAAAGGAGAUAUUUUUCGUUUCCUCCCCAAAUGGGGCACUUUUUACAUGUUACUGUAACAUUGGGUAAUUUGCUGCAAAAGCGAAUAAUUUUCCGAGACAAAAACAAUUUUCCUAUAAAUGAUGCAAAAAUCUCUGAUUGCAAUAAACAGUCAGCUUCUUUGAGAUUUUGGCAGCUAGACGGUAAAAUUGCAUUGCAAUGUCUCAAAACUUUCAAGAUCGUUUAUUUCUUUGAAAGAUAAAGGGCUUGUCUGUUUCAUCGGAGAAUCCAAAAA